CGGCGAGGAGCGGAGGGCAGGCAGGAAGGAUGCUGAAGAGCUGCGGGAGGAAGCUGCUCCUGUCCCUCGUGGGCUCCAUGUUCACCUGCCUGCUGGUGCUCAUGGUGGAGCCGCCGGGCAGGCCGGGGCUGGCCCGGGGGGAGGCCGGCGGGGCGCAGCGGGCGCUGCAGAGCCUGGGGGCGGCGGCGGCCGCGGCUCCUCCGGCGGCGCAGGGGCCGCCCGGGCUGCGCAGCUUCGCCGAUUACUUCGGGCGGCUGAGCCGAGCGCGGCGGGAGCUGCCCCCGGCCCCGCCGAGCCCCCCGCGGCCGCCGGCCGAGGACAUCUCCCCCCGCGAUGUCUUCAUCGCCGUCAAGACCACCAAGAAGUUUCACAAGGCGCGGCUGGAGCUGCUGCUCGACACCUGGAUCUCCCGCAACCGCGACAUGACCUUCAUCUUCACUGACGGGGAGGAUGAGGAGCUGAAGAAGCAAGCACGAAAUGUCAUCAACACCAACUGCUCAGCUGCCCACAGCCGCCAGGCGCUGUCCUGCAAGAUGGCCGUGGAGUACGACAAGUUCAUCGAGUCUGGCAGAAAGUGGUUCUGCCACGUGGACGAUGACAACUACGUGAACGUGCGGAUGCUGGUGAAGCUGCUCUCCAGCUACCCCCACACACAGGACAUCUACAUCGGGAAGCCCAGCCUGGACCGGCCCAUCCAGGCCACGGAGAGGAUCAGUGAGAACAAGAUGCAUCCUGUGCAUUUCUGGUUUGCCACGGGUGGAGCAGGGUUCUGUAUCAGCCGGGGGCUGGCACUGAAGAUGAGCCCUUGGGCCAGUGGGGGUCACUUCAUGAGCACUGCAGAGAAGAUCCGCCUGCCUGACGACUGCACCAUCGGCUACAUCAUCGAGUCUGUGCUGGGCGUGAAGCUCAUCAGGAGCAACCUCUUCCACUCCCACCUGGAGAACCUCCACCAGGUGCCCAAGUCGGAGAUCCACAAACAGGUGACACUGAGCUACGGCAUGUUCGAAAACAAGCGCAACUCCAUCCACAUGAAGGGAGCCUUCUCUGUCGAGGAGGACCCAUCCAGGUUCCGCUCCGUGCACUGCCUGCUGUACCCCGACACGCCGUGGUGCCCCACCAACAUGGUUUACUAGGAGGCGCACGUGCCCUCCAGCCUCGUCCCGCGUUUCCCCGGUAUCCGACGGGCGUGCGGGACCCGCGUGCGGGUGUGUCGCUCCGGCCUCGCCGCCGGGCGGACAGACGGACGGACGGACGGACGUCGUUGCUGUGGUAUUGCACAGUGUGUGUGUACUGAAGGCUGCUGUGCGGCCCCUUGAGCCCUGCCCUGCCUGCCUCGCUGCCUGCUCGGCCGGGAGGGCGCAGAGGGACGGGAAUGAGCACUUACCCACGGGCACCGCGGCUGGCGCGCCCCACGCCAUGCGUGGGCAGCGGCCGCAGCGCGGGGCCCUGCCCCACCCCGGCCUUGCUUCUCCUUGAUGGUUGUUGUUUUUUUUCCCUUUCAAAUGUUAAGGUUUUUUUUUUUGGUGUGUUCUUCCCUUUUUUGCAUCUUCCCCACAACCCGCUCCUGUAACCCCUGACCCAGCCCAUCCUCUCUCCCAGUCCCAAAAUCUCAGCAGCGAAGCUCUGGCUCCCAGUUUGGAUGAGGAGGUCCCUGUGAGGUUCUACAGGCAGAGGUGGGCAGGGGAAGCCGCUGGCCAUGGCAGUGGCUCCUCCAGGGUCCUGCAAAGCUGCUGGGUGCUCCACAGCCUCACUGGAGGGAGACAGUGGGGUGGCUGGGAGAUGGUGUUGGUGUUAACUCCAUUUCCCAGAGCUCCCCCCACACGGGUGAAGUGUUGCUGGCAGCAUUGGUGGGUGAAAUAUUUAGAGACUGGUGUAAAAACUUUCUAUAAAUUGGGCAUGGGAGGAAGGAUUUUCCAGAGCUGCCACAGUGGGGUGGGCGCUGUGUUUGUCCCGGGUCUCCCUCCAGUGCUGCUCGGGCAGCCCUGCAGCUCUGCAAGGAACACCUCGAGGUCUGCCCAGGCUGUGUGGGUGUCCCCUGUGGGGCCAGAGCAUCCUCCAGCCUUGCCCUGGCUGUGGGUGCUGCCCAGGCAGCGCCUCCCAACCCUCCCAUUGUGCUCUCCCUCUUGGAGAGGGAUUUAUCCAGGGAGGGAGAGGGACCCUGCAUCACCCAAGAGCUGCCCUGCCUGCCAACAUCAGCCCUCUCUGCCCCCCUCUGGGCUGAGCCAGAGCUGAACAUUUCCACCUUGAAGCUGAGUGAAAAUAGCCCAUAAUGGGUGUGUUGUAAAUAUGUUAUUGAGCCAGUAUUUUUUUUACUGUGCCUUUUUUUUUUAAGAAAAAAAAAAAAAAACACAUUGAGAAAUAUGUAGAUUUUAAAUGCUUUUUAUACAUUUUCUGUGGAUCAGAAAAAGAAAAAUCCCCGACCUUUGAUAAUCUGUUUAAGAAAGAAAAAAAAAAUUUUUUUUGCGAUGUCUUGUAACUAUCACUUACCUUAAUUUAUAUGUUCCAGUAUCUGGAAUGUCACUCUGUGCUUUCUGUACCUAGGAUGUGUUUAAGGCAAUAGCUGUGGGGAGGGGAACCAGCAUGGACAGUGUGUUCUCAGGGACCUGAACCCGAUUGCUGCCACGGGGUUCCCGUGGGAGCGGUCACCAAUAAAGUGGCUUUUUUUGCUGACCACAGUCA